AUGGCUGCUGAAUCAGAAAGAGCCACGAACUUCAACCAGGUGGGCCGAACAAAGUCCUCACCAAAGGUCUCAAAGAUAGAAACCGAAGCGCCACCAAGACCUGCAGAGUCACCAAACACACAUAAUAGUGAGAUACUGGCCACAUUAAAAGCUGUCCAGACAGAAUUGAAUACAGUUCAGUCCGAGGACGAAAGUAGACUAGAAAGAUUCCCCUCAAGGACACCCCCCUUCCCGUACCUUCAUGACGGAUCGUGUUGGUCAAAACCGAAGAAAUGA